UGCCUCUUUGAGACUUGAUUUCUGUUUCUCUCUUCAUAAAUGGCCAAACGAUCAAGUGGACUCUCCUUUGAUUCAGAUCCCAUCAGAUUACUAUUUCCACACAAACUCACCGCCAUCAACUCCUUCCCGGACCACCGCUCCACCAAGUGGAGACCCAUGGAGGCCGCCACCGGCAACGUCAACACCUCGUCAUCUUCACCACCACCGCCACCACCUACCACCAUCCAAUUCCCACUCAACCUCAACUGCAACCUCCAUGACCAGCAUCAUCAUCAUCAUCCUCACAAGCAGAUAAACGAAAUGGAUUUCUUUUCCGACAAAACACAUGAUGUAGAAGAAGAAGAAGAUCGUUCCAGGUUGCAGCCUGUCUCCUCCUCCGAUCCACCGCCUCCUGUCACCGAAUUGGAUUUUAAUAUCAACACUGGUUUACAUCUCGUAACCGGAAACACAAGUAGUGAUCAGUCGGUAGUUGAUGACGGAAUCUCUCCCAAUUCCGAGGAUAAACGAGCUAAGAAUGAGUUAGCAGUGGUUCAAGCUGAGCUAGAGAGGAUGAACACGGAGAAUCAACGAUUGAGAGAAGUGUUGGAUCAAGUGACGAUGAAUUACAACACGCUUCAAACACAUCUAGUAACGAUGAUGCAACAAAAACAAAGUCAUGAAGAACAAUCUAACGAAGAUCAUAAAAUUACCAGUAACGAAGGUGGAGGAAGUGAAGCAGCUACGAUGGUUCCGAGACCGUUUAUGGAUCUAGGUUUAGCAGCUCCGACUGCAGCUGAAACUGAAGAAAUUUCACAGUCAUCAUCUGAUGAACAUUCAAGAUCACCACCACUUCAUACUAACAGUAACAUCGAUCAAAGGGAAGAGAGUCCAGAUCAGCAAGUGAUUAGAGCUGGUAAUUCUAAUAAGGUUCCUAGGUUGAGUUCUUCGAAGAAUAACAAUACUACUAACAUCGAUCAAGCUACUGAAGCAACAAUAAGAAAAGCUAGGGUUUCCGUUCGAGCUCGAUCAGAAGCUCCCAUGAUUGCAGAUGGGUGUCAAUGGAGGAAAUACGGACAAAAAAUGGCAAAAGGAAAUCCUUGUCCUCGAGCGUAUUAUCGAUGCACCAUGGCUGCUGGUUGCCCAGUUAGGAAACAAGUACAACGAUGUGCAGAAGAUAGAACAAUCCUGAUCACCACCUACGAAGGCAACCACAACCACCCAUUACCACCGGCGGCGAUGGCUAUGGCUUCCACCACCUCUUCCGCGGCUAGAAUGCUACUCUCCGGGUCCAUGCCGAGCUCCGACGGCCUCAUGAACUCCAAUUUCCUAGCCAGAACGUUCCUUUCUUGCUCCUCAAGCAUGGCCACCAUCUCCGCCUCCGCCCCCUUCCCGACGGUGUCAUUAGACCUGACUCAGACUCCGAACCCGUUACAAUUACGUAGCCCAGGUCAGUUUCAGGUACCUUUCUCCAAUCCUCAACAACAGAACUUCACCGGAGCAAACGCCACCCUCCUCCCCCAGAUAUUCGGGCAGGCUUUAUACAACCAGUCGAAGUUUUCCGGUCUACAAAUGUCGCAGGAUAUGGAUCAGGCGGCUGGAGCCAGCUCCCAGCUCGGCCUUCCGCCGUUGCACCACCAAGGGGCGUCACCGGCAGCUUUGGCUGACACUGUCACCGCCCUCACUGCUGACCCAAACUUCUCCGCAGCUCUAGCGGCGGCGAUUUCAUCUGUUUUUGGCGGUGGCGCUCAGCCCAACAACGGUGGCAAUACUAAUAAUGGAAACGUCACUACCACCAACAGCAAUAACAAUGGCAGUGCAACUACUAGUAAUAAUAUUAGCCAUGGAAACAAUAAAGGCAAUUAAUUCAUUACAAUUAAAAGGAUUUAGUUUUUUUUUUUCUUUUUUUUUUUUUAAUUAUUCGGUCAU